AUGGCCAGUAAGCUCGCUUUUUGGCUAAUCUGGACGCUUGCUACAGCUGCCCCAAUCACGUUCGAGUUGAAAGCCGGCUUCAGAGAAUGUUUCUAUCUCUUGACGCCUGACAUUGAUUGUAAGAUAUCGUAUUAUUUCGCUGUUCAACGCGGCGAUGAGAACAAAUUGAGCGUGAAUUACGAGAUAUAUAAGCCUGACAAUCGCGACAAAGCCGCGGUGGUCAGAAAAGGUGAAACUCAGGGUCAAUGGUCGUUUAUAGGUGAACAUAAGGGUGAAUAUGGUCUGUGCUUUUCAAGUGGUGAUGAGGGCAACAAAAUCAUAGACGUCGAAUUCAAAUAUGACGAGAAAUUUACGAGUCGAGACAAAAGGCGAAAGAAACAUUUCCCACAGGGGUUGUUUGGUCAGGAUCCUUUGCACGAGUCUCUGGAAGAUUCUAUCGACGACAUUGAGCGUCAUAUGAGCGUUUUGGAGCGCAAAUUGGACCAUUACAAGGCAAGAAGCAUUAGAAAUCAGCAGACGGUAAUGUCAACUGGAAAGAGAAUUGUAGGUUUUUCUUUGUAUGGCAUUUUGUUGGUCGUUGUAAUGGGAGUAGCUCAAUGUCUUGUGCUCCAGGCGUUCUUUAAUGAAGCACGAAAAUAUGCGGUUUAG